UGACUCCCGCCAGCCCAGCUGCCGGGAAAGGUGACUCUAUCGCCGGCCAAGUUCGAGCGGACCGCUGCUCUUCCACCGGGCGAGGCGGGCGACCGCUUGGCUCCCAACCGCGGAAAGAAGGAAGGAAGGAAGGCGAGAGGGCGCUUGGGCGGGAGAGGCCAUGGGGUCCAACAACACGGAAGACCUCCUCUUUUCCAACGGCACCUACCCUCCUCCUGAACAGGACCCGGCCCGCAACUAUGCCGCCUUGGUCUUGGGCAUCUUCCUCAUCCUCUUUAUCAUCAGCGGCAACUUGCUCGUCUGCCUCAGCGUCUGCACGGAGAAAGCGCUGAAGACCACCACCAAUUACUUCAUCGUCAGCCUCGCCGUGGCCGACCUCCUUUUAGCCAUCUUGGUGCUGCCUCUUUACGUCUAUUCCGAGGUAAAGACACCCCCACCCCAGCACUUUAACUUCUUCCAACUCUACUGA